AUGUCCUCCCCACCGGCCGAUGCGGGAGCCCUUCCCGACAAGUCCUCGCAGGAUUCGCUGUCCAAGUUCCCCAUCGACGAGAAGGAGGGUGGCGACGUCAUCCGGAUCCCCCAGACCGCCCAGGCUGCCUACAAGGGCAUUUUCUCGCCCCGACGCAUGCAGGUCAUUGCCCUCGGUGGCUCCAUUGGUAGCGGACUGUUCAUUACCACCGGCCGUGGUCUCUCUACCGGCGGCCCCGCCGGUUUCGUUUUCGGUUAUGGUUUCGUCGCAAUCCUGGUUUGGUGCGUGCUGCAGCUGCUCACGGAAAUGACCAUUGCCUUCCCCGUAUCCGGCAAUCUGUUUGAAUACGCGGACCGUUGGGUUGACCCGGCCCUGGCCUUUGCCGCCGGCUUUGCCGAGUGGCUCGGAUGGACUGCUGUGUGCGCGGCUGAGGCCACCAUGUUUACGGUGCUGAUCAACUACUGGGCCGAGAACCGCGUGCACGAUGCUGUGUGGUUGUCCAUCUUCCUCGUUGUCGUCUUCGGUCUGUUCUUCCUUCCCAGCAAGGCUUUUGCUUGGUUUGAAUAUGUCACAUCCCUGGUCAAGGUCACCGCCUUCUUGACCAUUUUCUGGUCCUCGGUGGCCAUCAUGGCUGGUGGUGGUCCCACGGGCCGCGUCCACACCGGAGAGACAUGGAGGGACUACCCGAAAUUCAAGAACGGCUUUGCGGGUAUUGGGCAAUGCAUGAUGUUGGCGUGCUGGGCCUACGGUGACCAAGUCUUCAUUGGCAUCAUGGGCGGUGAGGCAUUCUUCCCCCGCCUUGCCAUGGGUCGCGCCUGCAAGAUGGUCACGGGCCGCAUGUUCGUCAUUUACAUGACAUCAAUCAUGUGGAUCUCGCUCCUCGUCCCGUCCGACGACGACCGUCUGUACGGUUCUUCCGGCGCUGCCGCCUCCCCAUUCAUCAUCUCCAUGCAGGACGCCGGUAUCACCGGUCUCCCUCACUUCCUCAACGGCGUCAUCGUUGUUGGUGUGACUGCCAUUGCUUGCGAGAGUAUCUACAUCGCGUCGCGAACCCUGCGGUCGCUGGCCGCCCAAGGCCUGAUCCCGAAAUUCAUGGCCACCGUUGAUGCCAGGGGCCGUCCGCGCGGUGCUCUUGUCGUGACCAGUGUCGUCGCUGUCACUCUGACCUACAUCAACCUGAGCAGCGGCGGUGUCACCAUCUUUACCUGGUUCACGUCCAUCACGUCCUCGUCCUUCUUUUGCGUCUGGAUCAUUCUCGUCAUCGUCUCCUGGCGCUUCCGCGCCGCCCUCAAGGCCCAGAACGAUCCGCUCUUCGAUCAGGUCUACUCGUGGAGUGCCUCCUUCUACUACUUCACGCUCGCCUGGCUGGCUCUCGGAUGUGCACUGCUCACCGCCGCCUGCAUCUACGUCGGCCUCUACCCCGUCGACGGCGGUGGCCUGUCGGUCGAGUCGUUCUUCCAAUACGUGCUCGGCCUGAUCCUCAUCCUUACCAGCUACUUGGGCUACAAAGUGGUCUUCCGCACCAAGAUCCGCGACGUCAAGACGGUCGACUUGGUGUCGGAUCGCCGGCCGCUGACCGAGGACGACAUCAUGGAGCUGGAUGCGUACUACAAGCAAGGCAUUUACAGGCGUUUCGCUAGCUACUUCACCAUUUGGUAG